AGUUAUCGAUAACUAGUGGUUUAUUUUCUAAGACGUAAAUCUUUGUUUACCGCUAUCAAGUAUUAAAAAUACUAGAAGUAAGAAGAUUUGAUUUAAAAAGUAAAGAGACAUAUGAAAGUAAGAAGGAGUGAAACUAAACUCAAAUAAAUAGAUACAGAAGUUCAGGCCCUUCCAACAGUCUUCACCGGCAAAGCAAUUCGCAAAAAAAAAAAAGGCAUCGAAGCAAAAGAGAAAAAUCAAAAGAUAUCAGGAUCCGAUUCUUAACUAUUACGAAGAAGAUGAGACAGAAAAUGAACAUAAAGAACGAUACUCGCAAAAAUAAUCAGCAGAAUAUCAGCAACCAUCGAAGCAGUUGUAGAAUUAAAAGUUCAGGAACAUCUAUAAACAUGAGUUCCAUCAUGAAUAUAUUUCAAGCUUGUAAAACGCAAAAAUUAAGAAAGAAAAUUAGUAAGAAGGCCAUUAAGAUGAUGAGACAAUUGGGCCACACGAUCGUGCAACCGGGAGAGUUUGCCAUAAAAUAUGCUUAUUCAGCACCAUAUUAUUUAUUUCUGACGAGAAUUGAAAAUUCCAAGGAGACUUAUAAACAAGAUUUCUCUAUAACUUUCCCCGAGAUUCUCGACUGUAGUCUUGGAGAAAUUGUUAACAGCCUUCAUUUAAAUUUUACCGUAGAUAUCGAAUGGCUAUGUUGGCAGUAUUUAUUGGCUGGCCAACGUACUGACAUGACGAUUCUGUACAGCGACAGAAUAUAUUAUCAGAAAAAAUUAAUUAACAAUAUUACUGUAGUAAAAGUAAACAUAGAAACCGAGUUUAGUUGUCAUCAUACCAAGAUGAUGAUCCUGCAAUACAAAGAUGAUGGAAUUAGAGUGAUUGUCUCCACUGCCAACUUGCGUUCUAUCGACUGGGAAAACAUGACACAAGGAUUGUGGAUUUCGCCUCAUCUGCCUCGGUUACUAGAAUCCGCAAAUCCCAGUGACGGGGAAUCUCUAACGGGUUUUAAAAAAGAUCUCGUGCGAUAUCUGAAUAAAUAUGGAGUAAAUGAGCAACCGGUGUUGAUGGAGUGGAUAUCAGUAGUGCAAAAGGCGGAUUUUUCUGAAGUAAAUGUGUUUUUCAUCGCUUCUGUUCCUGGGAUUUAUAAAAAGAACGAAGCCAAUUUUUGGGGACACAAGAAAUUGGCGCACGUUCUAUCGUGUCAUGUGACAUUGCCAUCGGAUGUUUUUCCGUGGCCUAUAGUUGCACAAAGUUCUUGCAUAGGUAAACUUGGUUCUAAUUUUGAAAGUUGGUUGUUGAAAGAUAUAAUUUCGUGUAUGUCAAGGGAGACUAUUAACAAUACAAAGGGUGAUCUGGAAUUCAAAUUUAUUUAUCCAUCAAUUCAGAAUUACAAGCAGAGCUUUAGUUAUCAAAAUUUAUCUUGGUGCUCGCCUUACAGUCAAGAAAAGCAUUCUAAGCAGCAGUGGUUAGAUUUAUAUUUGCAUCAAUGGAAAGCUGAGCGAACAGAACGAGAUCGUGCGAUGCCUCAUAUUAAAUCAUAUACGAGGAUUUCGUCUGAUUUAAAAAGCAUCCCCUGGUUUGUGCUCACCAGCGCUAAUCUGAGCAAAGCCGCAUGGGGAAAGAUCCAAUCAUCCGGUUACUAUAUAGGAAACUACGAGGCUGGCGUUGUAUUCGUACCAAAAUUUAUCACUGGCACAACUACAUUUCCUAUUGAGAAUAAAGAUUCAGUCGUUCCAGUAUUUCCGAUUCCAUACGAUCUUCCAUUAAGCCAAUAUGAAUCAAAUGAUGGUCCUUUUGUUGUAGAAUUUUGCAAUUCUCUUCGCUGGACUAGAUGGAUGCGUUCAACAGAAAAAGUAAUUUUUUAA